CCGUUUAUUUUAAAAUUGGAAUUAUAGUUGAACUCGGUUGCAGGCUUGUAGUUUAAAACUUUGCAAGUUACAUAAAAUUUAUGUUUUCGUUAACAUUGUGGUGUUGAUAUCUUUUUUAAAUCGAAUAGUGUGAUUAAAUUCUUAACUGGCACGGUACUUGCAGAAAAAAAAUAGUGACAGCUCCUGGACAUGAUAUUAAUUACAUAGAAAAGAUAUUUUAGGCUUUAACACGGGCCGAGGGUAUUUUACAUGGUGAAAAAUUACAAAUAAAUCCUCAAAAUGGUUGACACAGAGUCUAGUAAGGCCACUAUUGAUACAGUCCAAGUUGCCUUAAGAAUAAGGCCGUUGAUGCAGCAAGAAAUUGAAAGAGGAUGUGACGAAUGCAUAGAUGUUGUUAAUGGGGAGCAGCAAGUUCAAAUUAAGGAUCUAGCUUUCACAUACAAUUAUGUAUUUCCACAACACAUUACACAACAGGAGUUCUAUGAUACAGCCGUUAAAGGUCUCAUUAGCAAACUUUUUCAAGGUUACAAUGUUACAAUACUUGCCUAUGGUCAGACUGGGUCUGGAAAAACAUAUACAAUGGGCACUAACUACUCAGGUUCAUAUGGUGAUUCAUCUAAAUUAGGUGUUAUUCCGCAAGCUGUAGCUGACAUAUUUGACUUCAUCGAGACCCAUGAGGAUAAAUUUAUAUUCAAAGUGUCUGUUUCCUUUAUGGAACUUUAUCAGGAGCAAUGCUAUGACCUUCUGUCUGGCAAAGAGCGCGGCCAUAGCGUCAUAGAAAUAAGAGAGGAUGUUAAUAAAGGGGUGAUUUUGCCAGGGAUAACAGAACUGCCAGUUUCUUCCACUGCGGACACAAUGAUGGCUCUUGAGAAGGGUUCCUCAGGGCGUGUGACAGGUUCCACUGCAAUGAACCAAGCGUCCAGUAGGAGUCAUGCGGUGUUCACUAUUGUCAUCAUCAAGGAGAGCCGUACUGAUAAAAAUAUAGCAACAUCAUCAAAAUUCCACCUCGUCGACUUGGCUGGAUCUGAGCGGAUAAAGAAGACGAAAGCCAGUGGGGAGAGGUUGAAGGAAGGUGUCAAGAUCAACCAGGGACUGUUAGCCCUCGGCAACGUGAUCUCUGCUUUGGGCGAUGGUACCAACAGGAGCUUUAUUAGUUAUAGGGAUAGCAAGCUUACUAGGUUGUUACAGGAUAGUCUGGGAGGUAACUCGUUAACCCUGAUGGUGGCUUGUGUGAGCCCAGCAGACUAUAACUUGGAUGAGACGGUAUCCACUCUGCGGUACGCAGAUAGAGCGCGCCGUAUACGGAAUAAGCCCAUUAUUAACCAGGAUGCUAAGGCUGCUGAGAUUGUUAGGCUGAACAACUUAGUUAAUGAAUUACGACUCCAGCUACUUGGUAAAUUACCGACUGUAAGUGAACAAAAUAAUGAACAAUUAGAGGAAGAGCUUGAAAGAGAGAAGGCGAGAUAUCAAGAACUAUUGAAGAAACACAAGCAAGUUACAGAGCACCUCGGUAAUAUGUUGAUAGAAAACACUAAUUUGUGUGAAAAGGCACUAUUAGCGGAAAGCGCGAAAGAAAAACUUGAACGUAAAUUAAAUGAAUUGACGCAACAAUGCAAUCAGACUAUUGAAAACUUUAAUACAACAGACAAUCAAGACGAAGAGUCGCAGAAGACGACUAUGGUAGAUUAUUUGAAAGAAAUAAAGACUCGUUUAGAAGAUUUGCAAUCGUUUAACAUGAAGACCAAUGAAGAGAUGAUAGAUCAUGAGAUCAAGCUGUCGUUUAUAAAGAAAGAUGGUGAUGGAGAAAAGUUGGAUGAUGAAGAAGUGCUCAAUGAGGAUCAAGUUGUUUUGGAAGAAGAGAAAAGGGCAAUGGGACAGGUUGCAUUAAACCAAGAGUUGCAAGAGCUCAACCGCGCUAUGGCGAUCAAGGCGUCCGUGGUUCAAGCUAUACUGGCCAACAAUAAGGAGAUGAUUGACAGCCACCAGAACUUACGCGAAAACGAAGAAAAGAUCACACAGUUGGAGAAGGAGAGAGACGAACUGUUGCAGCAGUUGAAGCACAAUAGAAGUAAAGAUCCAUCACACGAAGAGCGACGCACUAAAGUGUCCACACUCGAGGCGGAAAUAUCGGAUCUGAAGAAGAGGUGCCAGGCUCAAGCCAACAUCAUCAAGGUCAAAGAGAAGAAUGAAGCCAAGAUUGCUUCAUUGAAUGCUGAACUUCAGGCCAUGAAGGCUACUAAGGUGAAAAUCAUCCGUCAAAUGCGCGAGGAGAGCGAGAAGUUCCGCAAGUGGAAGGCGGACAAUGAGCGCGCGAUGCUGCGCCUGCGCAACGAGGACCGCAAGCGCGCCACCGCCAUGGCCAAGAUGGAGUCGCUGCACGCCAAGCAGCAGAACGUGCUCAAGCGCAAGAUGGAGGAGGCCGUGGCGGUCAAUAAGCGGCUCAAGGAAGCUCUGGAAAGGCAGAAAAAGACGGCAAUGAAACGCAACGCCAAAGGGAACGUAAAAGCUGGCGCUGUACAACAGUACAUCGAGCAGGAGCUUGAAGUUCACCUUAGUAUUGUUGAAGCGGAGAAAUCACUUGAAGAGCUUAUGGAAUAUCGGGCGUGGAUAACAGAAGAAAUAGAGAAUCUGCGUAAUGGGCCGGACAGUGAGGGAAGCAGGAAGAAGAUUGCCGAGCUCGAGAAUGAUCUCGCGUUGCGAAAGGCGCAGAUUUCUGACCUACAGCAGAAGAUCCUUACCGCUGAUCAAGAAAACAAGGCGCGAACACAAUGGGACAACAUUCAAUCAAUGCUCGAAGCUAAAGUAGCGCUCAAAUGCUUAUUCGAGCUGCUGGUGGACGCUAAGCGAGAGCUCCAGAACCAGAGCGAAAAGGGAUUCCAGUCCAAAUACGAGGAGAUAAAGGAAGCAUUCGACAGGCUGAAUAUUGAGUUUGAGAAUAGCAAGGCGGACUUUGAGAGACAGAUCGCCACUAUGAAACUUCAGAAUGAACAGACUUUGAGCGACCUGGUGGCGCUGCAGGCGGGCGGCGGGCGGGCGGGCGGCGCGCGCGGCGAGGCGUGCCGCAACCUGCAGACCGUCAUACAGUACCAGCAGGACAAGCUCGAGCAGCUCGAGCUGGAGAACAAAAAGCUGGCCGACGAGUUGGAGACGCUGCGUAGCGCCAGCAAGAAAGUCAAGAAGCGCAAGAAGGAGCCCGUCGACACGCUCAAGAUGGUCUCAUAUACGGACAUCACCGAUGAAGAGGAGAAUGAUGAUGAGGAUAGUAACAAGGACCCCGAUUGGAGAGCCACGCCGCUGUUUAAGCGAAUUCAGGCGCAGCGCUCCCGCCUGACGAUGAACUUCAGCCAAUCGGGCGAGGCGGACAGCACGCGGCCGGUGAAGCGCAGCAGCGACGGCAGCGCGCACUGCUCGUGCCGCGGCAGCUGCAGCACCAAGCUGUGCGGCUGCAAGAAGGCGGGCGUCGGCUGCGCGCUCACGUGCCGCUGCCAGCGCGAGCUGUGCAAGAACCGCCGCGCCUCCGCCUCCGCCGACAGCGCGCACAGCGACGACAACAACGAGAACGAAACUAACAAUGGAGGUGUACUGGACACUACGCCGCCAUCUUACUUCGAUAAGCGAGAUCAUCUUGAUGCAACAUACAUAAAGAAGAAGAAGUGUUAUUUUUUCCCCGAAGACCCUAACAAUGAGUAAAGACUGAGCAAACAGGCGCUGGCGCAAAAAGUUAUUUUAUGAAAUUUCUCGCAUUUAAUGACGGAUGUAUAUCCAAAUUAUAAGUAAAGUAUUGACUACUGACAUUUAAUUGUGAUUUUUAGCGUAAGGUGUUUUUAAUAAAUUAGAUGAGUACUAUAAUAAUAAUUCGCUAAAUAAAG